UAUACAGUCCGCAACAAAACCAACCAUGUUUUGCGCAUAGGGUACGCAUGGCAAUGUUCCUUUGGUAUCUUGUUUGAUCAAUAUACAAUAUAGAAAAAAUUUAUAUCAUGUUACUAACUAGAAGCAUAACAAGAAGUAGCAUUUUUAGAAUUCUAUCGCAUGAUUGGGUAUCAAAAGUUACAAAUACUUGUUUAAUACAAGAGAUCGACAUAAAAUAUCCAAAGAAUAUAGGUUAUCUUGUAUCGCAUUCUAAAAAGUAUUCAAAUAAAAGUAAUAAUGUAAAGACAUUCAAUUAUAGAUUAAUAGCUUAUCUCAGCUCAAAUAGUAGUGUUGUAUUUCCAAUUACACAAGAAUUGACGCCUGUAGAAUUUGAGAAAAUUUCUGACGAAACGCUUGAUUCUUUAACUGAAUAUUUUGAUGAAUUAAUAGAACAAACAGCGCAUUUAUCGGAUGCAGAUGUGUCAUACGGGGAUGGAGUAUUAACUGUCAAAUUUGGUACUUCUCAUGGCACUUAUGUCAUAAAUCGUCAGACUCCGAAUAAACAAAUUUGGCUAUCUUCUCCUAAGUCUGGUCCAAAGCGAUACGAUUUUAUAAAUGGUAGAUGGAUUUAUAAACAUGACGGAAAAACAUUACACGAACUACUUAAUAGUGAAAUAGCAGCAAUCAUAAAGGAUCAAACAAACUUCGAUAAAUGUUCCUUUAGUGGAAAAGAAAGAGAAGCGACAAUGACAGAUCGUUAAUUCAAUUUAUCGAUGUUCAAAGUUGUAAUAUCGAUUGAAAUGACUGAAUAUCUUAAGUUGGAAAUGUACAAUUUUACAAUCUAUGUAUAUAAAUAAUAAUAUAGAAUAGAUAUGACAUUGUAAUAUA